AUUAUUGGCCUUAGAUGUCAUCCAAACUUGGACCAUUUCCCUACCAUGACUUGAUUCUGACUGUUCAAAGCAAUCAAAGCAAUCGGAAACAAGGAUAGAAGGUUAAAUGGUAGAACUCACUCCACCUCCCGUCCUUGGGUCCGUUAUAAGUUGGGCGAAUGUUUUGACACUACAGUCCAAUAGAUGGCUUUGUGCCCUAGUACAUCUACCGAGAGUGUCAACAUCAACACCACCCAAGCAUGGCAUGUGUUCCAACAUCAUUUCCAUUUUGAUCCAUCCGCAAACCUGAUCAAAAUGUUGACGGCUCUCAUUCAUCGACCGUUGUUCCAGUGGAAGGAUGUGCGACACACCUUGAUCACCCCAGCCAUCCGAGCCUUGAGCCAUCAGAAGCCCCCCAAAUAUAGCUCCACUGUUUUACUGCCUCGAACCAAUUUCCCAGCUCGUUUAGAGGGAGCCAAACGCUUGGCUCAAGACCAGUCCAUUGUGAACUCGACCGCGUUCCAAUCGCUGUAUGCUCGCCAAUGGACCGAUUGGCCUCCAGAGAACACCUUCAUCCUCCAUGAUGGACCUCCUUACGCCAAUGGAACGCUUCACAUGGGACACGUGGUCAACAAAGUCCUCAAAGAUAUCACCAAUCGGUGGCAAUUGACCAAAGGUCGGCGAGUGCAUUACCGACCAGGUUGGGAUUGCCACGGUCUGCCCAUUGAAUUAAAGGCCAAGAGAAAAACGGGAACACCCGAUCGUCCAUCCCCGUUGGAAAUUCGAAAUGAGGCCCGGAAAUUUGCUCAAGACACGGUGGAAGCUCAGCAGUCUCAGUUUCAAUCAUGGGGCAUUUUGGGCGAUUGGGAUCAUCCUUAUCUGACCAUGGAUCCGGACUAUGUGGAGCGAGAAAUGCGAUUGUGUCACCGACUUAUUCAAAACGGACUCAUGUUCCAGCGUUAUAUGCCGGUUUAUUGGUCGCCAUCCUCACAAACGGCGUUGGCCGAGUCCGAAUUGGAAUACAACCCCAAUCACAAGAGUAUUUCGGCCUAUAUCAAGUUUCCUCUCUGUUCAGAGAGCUGUAGACAAUUGUCCAUUGACAGUGGAUCACUUUUGAUCUGGACCACCACGCCUUGGAGUAUUGUGGCCAAUCGUGCGGUGUGUGUCAAAUCUGAUGCCGAAUAUUGUCUCAUUCAGAUCGCAGACGAGUUUCUCAUCGUUGGACAAGCGGCAUUGGCGAAUAAUCCGGAUCUCAAAACUUGUUUGGGAGACCACCAAGUCAUCAAGGUAGUCUCGGGCCAAAGUUUGACGCAUUUGAAAUACAGUCAUCCAAUAAAGUCUGUUCAAGGUUCUGAGGUAGAAUUCCCCGUCCUGAGUGCCAAUCACGUCACAAUGACCGCAGGUACGGGUCUUGUACACACGGCUCCGGCUCACGGACCGGAUGACUACUUGGUUGGUUUGGAACAUGGACUUGAUUUGAGUUGUCCCGUGGAUGAAAAUGGGUGUUACAUCCGAGAUAUUGGACCCGAGCUGAGGGAAUUGUCUGUUUUGGGUGAUGGCAAUACGAAGAUAGUGGAUCUUCUACAAGCGUCCGGACAUCUCUUGAGUCACGGUGACUUCUUCCACUCCUACCCAUGCGAUUGGCGCACCAAGCAGCCUGUGAUCCUCCGAGCCUCCAAGCAAUGGUUUAUCGACACCACCAGCCUGAAAAGUUCGUCAUUGAGUGCUCUAAAAUUCGUAGACAUCCAACCAGCUUCUUGGGUUCAAGGAUUUCAAGGCGUCCUCGAGAAACGCCCAUAUUGGUGUGUGUCAAGACAAAGAGUGUGGGGUGUGCCCAUCCCCGUGUUUUACCACAAGGAGUCUCAAGAAGUGUUGUCCAACGACGAAAUCAUCCAGCGUUGUUGUGAACUGAAUCGAUCUGAGGGGACCGAUUUUUGGUGGAAAAUGAGUGCCAAGGACAUCUUAAUGGGAACUGGAGUAAAUGGGGACGACUACGAAAAAGGUGGUGACAUUCUGGACGUUUGGUUUGAUAGUGGUAUCACUUGGAGCACUCUGCCCGAAGUUCCCGCAGAUCUCUAUUUGGAAGGCUUGGAUCAAUUCUCCGGUUGGUUCUAUUCGUCUUUGGUCACGGGAAUGGCCUUGCAAAAGCAAUGUCCGUACAAGAAUAUUUUUGUCCAUGGUUUCACUGUUGAUGAGCAGGGUCGAAAAAUGUCCAAAUCCACGGGCAAUGUUGUGGACCCGAGUGAUUUGAUUACGGGCACCAAGAAGAAAAGUCCUUAUGGGGUGGAUACAGUGAGGCUGUGGGUGGCAGCUCACGCUAGUCAAUCAAGUUCAAUCGAAAUUGGCGACUCCAUCAUGGAUUUGACCAAACAAACCAUGAACAAGAUCAGAAACUCGUGCAAAUUCAUCCUGGGUAAUACUAGUCGUUUGACCUCCAGAGAGCAACUUUCGUCAUAUGAAGAUCUACGCCCAGUAGAUAGAUUAGCGUUAUUACAGCUAGCCGUCUAUUGGGAGCACGUUUCAAUUCACUUUGAGCAAAUGAAAUUCAAUUUGGUCUGUCUCAGGUUAGACCACUAUUUGGCCAAUGACCUCUCUUCUUUUUACUUUCACAUCACCAAAGAUCGGCUCUAUUGUGACGAAGAAGCCUCCCUUCGUCGUCGAUCCGCGCAAACCGUUCUCUUUCAUAUCUUGGAGACCCUGAAGGCGAGCUUUGCCCCUAUUGCCCCUAUUUUGGCGCAAGAAAUCGAAAACGCCCAUCCAGUUUUGAGGCCCAGUUUUGGAUCACGUAUCGUUCCGGAAAACACGUGGAAAGACGAAAAGUUAGAAUCCUCCUUCCGGUUUCUCUUUGAUCUCAAAUCCAAGUUAACUAAGGAGUUGGGCGAUUCGAAUCUCAAAAAUUGCGAUGUUCUAGCCGUAACGAAGACACCUCAUCGUCUUCCAGAGGAUAUGGAUGCUCAAGAUUUGGCGGAAUUUCUUCAAGUCCCGAAGGUAUCGAUCUGUGAUCAACUUAACUAUGGUUCAAUGAAUGCAAAGGGUGACGAUAUCAUGGUAGAAAAUGAGAUGUUGACUUUGCGAGCAAGUCACACUGAGGGAUGCUUCUGUCCCCGAUGUCGUUUGAAAACUGCCAUGAGGGACAAUGAGUUAUGUCAACGAUGUGAGUCAGUAAUACGAUCUCUUCAAUAAAAUCAAGCCCUCGUUUGUUAUUUGCAAUA